UACAAGUGUUUGGCAGAGUGAGUACAGUAGAAAGUGGUGUAUUUGUAAAUAUUACAUUAAUGUAAAUAUUUUCAAGUGUUCAGAAUAUUUUUUUAUCAAAACGUUUUAUGUAAAGUGAAAGUGUUUUAUGUUACUUUUUGUGGAUAUUGUAAAAUUUGUGAGCACUGCACUUAAACGAUCAGGUGGUCGGAAUGGUGAUGGAGGCCAACCCUAUUUCUGAUACUCAUAGCGAUGAUCGAGUACAUCGGCCGAGGGCGGGUGGUGACGUCAUGCCAGAGCGGUCUGUCAGCAACCUAGACCUCGCCAUGUCCUACUCAGCGCCUUCUAACUUAGUGCUCACCCCAGCACCUGAAUGUCGCAAGCUAUCACGUGGUAUAUCGCGAGCGACGGACAACGAGGGUCUGGUGUGGGCACUCCGCAGUAACACCGAGCCUGAACCCAACACAUUGAGCUCAGACCACAUACUGCUACUGCCAGAUAUCUCCGUAUAUCCACCUGAUUUCAGAAUAUUCAUCGAAAAAGACUUACUAGAAACGGCAACUCUUGUUACUCUCGAGUCUGCUGGUAUUUUAAACUGGUGGCGACACGGGCGCGUGCCGGGCACCCCGCGCCUGCUGCCGCUGGCGACCUCCGGCGACGGCAACUGUCUGCCGCACGCCGCCUCGCUCGCUGCCUACGGCUUCCACGACAGACUGCUGGCUUUGAGGACUAAAGUGCAAGCCUUGCUGUCCGGUGAAGGAGGGGAAGCAUUAACCAGUAACUUCAACGUGGACCCUGGUGAAGAUUUCCGUUGGGAUACCGAACCUGAUCAGAAGACCAUAAACAAUCUUCUACCAGACGAGUACCAGCGCUCCGCCAUGCUCUCCGCUUACUUAGAUCUAGAACGAGUGGAAUGUAUCUCACAGAAUCAGCCUCCAGAAGAACUAAGAAGAUCAUUAGAUGCGUUAUCCACUAAAAGUUCUAAGCAAUUGAAUUCUGUUGCUAAGCAAUUUGGUAGCAUCGGUAGGUCUAUGUCUAGCAAGUUAAAGAAGAACUUCGGUUCUAUGGCGAAGUUGACGGGGAAGAGUGGAAGUCAGAGUAAUCCAGAAGAAGGAUUAUUAAGAAGGCAGUCGACGUGUGAGGUUUUAUGCUGCAGAGUUCUAGCAGCUCGGGCACCGGUGCAGGAAGAAAUGGUCAAGAAUUAUCUUAAUGAAGCUUGGAUAGGGUAUGUUUAA